UGCUCAUUGUUCAUCAGCAAGGCGGACAGACGUCACAGGCAUGCAAAAGCCGCCUCUCGUCUUGGUCUUGGGGGAGAAGGACUCACUGGAACUUUACAUUUCCUCCUGGUAACUUGUUUUGGUCCUUCUUUCACCGAUAGAUUCACCAGUAGAUUACUACUAAGCUAUCUGAAUUGUAUCUAAAAGUCAAGUGCUAACUUGGAAUUAGUUAGUUGCUUUUUUUCUUCUUCAUUAUUUCAUGUGGCAUCAAAAGUGUGAGCUCUCAAACCAACAACUUUGUCAAAGGAUUUGGAGUUAUUGAAAAAGCAGACUACUGAAGAAGCUUAGAAAAGAAGGCAGAAAAUGACCUGAAUUCUCAGAAGUGAAAGAUUAAGCUAAAUGUGUCCGUAUCACUCCCAUUUCACCUGGGUCCACGCUUCAGUUUCCAAUGCCAAAUGGAUUCCUAUAAUUUUCACUUUGAGAGAAUGAGCAACCUGGACCUGCACCCUCUGAGCCUACCAUUGAGUCGGCUCUCCCCAGCCAAGUCCACUAGCAGCAUCGACCAGAUCACCCACCAGCACGGCAAGGGCGACUCGGCCUACAGCUCCUUCUCUGGGGGCUCCAGUGCCCCAGAAUAUCCGUCCCCCCUCCUUUCAGACGACCUCCAGCACCACAGCCUGCACUACACAGACCUGAAGUAUGUGAAGGCCAUCUACCACCCCAACGUCCUCGACUCUGACGCCAAGAACAUGGAUCAGCUCUACCGCUCGGUGGAGGCCAUCUCAAAUCAGUACCGCCACAACGAUGGCUGCCUGAGUGCUUCACAGUACUGUGAUCAGAAUCAGGAAACGCUACCGCCCCCUCCUCCCCUGCCGCCUCCACCCCCCGCCCGCAUGGACAGCUUCAUAGCCACCAGGAACUUGGAGAACUGUAGGGCACAGCAUGGCCCCGAGGGCCAUAUGGCAGACAGGCCACCUCCACGGCCCCAGACAAAUAAUUCUGUUGCUGCCUGUCUCAAGCCUGACCUAGUCUAUGGCCACCGGGCUUCACAGCCCUAUCACAGGGACCCAGUCGACCCUGACCACACAGUUAAUAACACUGAGCAACAAAAGUCAGCAAACAUCUUAAGUGGAUCACCCCCUCACACGAGUCAGCCUGAGCAGCCCAAACAGCAGUCCGGUAGCGGCGAUGGCGGGCACUUGGAGGGUCAGCGCAAGAGGGCGCACUUGGCCCAUGGCUCCCUCAUGCCGGAGCAGCAGCGGUCCGCCAGCCCCUGGCAUGUGGCACAGAACAUGGUCAACAGCAGCAUCCAGCACAAGGGCCAGUUCUACUUCGUUACAGGUGUUUGUAAGUCCAGUCUGAAGCAUGGCUCUCUGUGUGUGCCAGAGGCGGGCAGUGAGAGCCCUGUGCCAGCGCCAGUGGAGACCCACAGGCUGGUGGAGAUGGAGAGUUCACACAACACCAUGGACAACAUGUUCAGGAACACCCAACAGAUGCAGCACAGCACCCAUGACACCGCAACAACCAAUGACAGGGAGUUUUACACCAAGAGUCAAGAUGAGGAGAAACUGAUUCAGAGUAGAAUUUCAUACGGCCCCUCUCACAUUUCAAACCAGGGCUCGCGCAGUUUCGAUGCCUUAGAAAAAAGUCACAAGGUCCAGAGCAGAGUUAUCGGCAGGCAUCACAGCCCCAACCACCACAUCUUCUACUGCGGCCCAGAGGAGAACUGUCCUCCAUUAUCAAACUUCCACAACCUGGUAGUCCCUCCUCCAAUCAGCAUGGAGCAGGCCAACCACCACAAGAGAUACAAACAGGUCAAGAGAGGGAGGAGGCAGCUAUUAGGAGAUGUUGCCAGUGAAAAGAUCAACAAGGAAACCACCCCGCUUCUGUACCACCUCACUGGAGCCAACAGGGUGGCGCUGAGUUUGCACAAGCCCGAAAAGGACAUUGAGGUCAGUGUGAAAAGUAAAGAUGCAGGCCGGAACACCACCUCCAUUAGCUGUAGUGAUACGACACCACGGGGUGAAACAUCCAAGGAAGAGAGAGUGGAGGCUACCUCCCACCCCUGCAACACCCAGGAUGAUGCCUUCACGAAGUACUACAAGGAGAAACUGAAGGACGCCCAGUCUAAGGUGCUCAGGGAGACCUCCUUUAAGAGGAGGGACCUGCAGCUGUCCUGGCCCCACAGAGUGAGGCAGAGGCCUGAGCUCAGGCCCACAAUACUUCACACAGUCUCCUCUUCACAGGACUCUGAGACCUCAACAGACACACUCACCCCCUCCCCAUCACACUCCGAGGGGACCGAUGAGGAGAACAUAAAGGAAACGGGGAAGGAGGUUGAGAAGGUGAUAGAGAGCGUGGUGGUGAAGGACAGUGAAAAGGAAAACGGGAGACCAGCGAAUGUUGCCCAGCCUCAGGUGCCUCGUAUCAGGGGAAGGAGGCGCCUGACUCCAGAGCAGAAGAAGCUGUGCUACUCAGAGCCGGAGAAUCUAAACCAGCUGGGUGACACACCCUCCCACCACGCAGCCUGCCGUUCCCUGGGCAACGAAAGUGAAGGAGGCCUGCUAGUGCUCUCAAGUGAGGAGGGGGAGCUGGGAGAACAGGGCCUGGUGGCAGCUAGGAGAAAGAUGUUUGAAACCAGAGGCAGGGCCAUGUCUGCCUCCAGCCUCUCCAAGACAUCCCUGAAGCACCUCCAGCACAAGGCCCUGGUGGCCUACAUGGAGCGCAAGACGGGACACAAGGUGGCUGAGUCCCAGCAGCCCAACCCUCAAGCCUCUCAAGUCCCCAGCCAGAGGCACUCCACGGCUGGGAAGCCUUCUGACUGGGAUCCCAGGCCUCAGUCUGGGAAUAAAGAAGGCCCCAAGAAGAAGCUGCACAGGCCCCACUCCGCUGGUCGCAUCCUGGACUCAACCUCCAGCUCGAUAAGGUACUCGCAGUUCAGCUCCAGCUCCACCCAGGCCCGAGGUUAUUCCCAACAGGCCAGCUGGAGAGAGUUACCCAGCCACUCUCAGGGGAAGUCUGCCUCUGUGGAAAGUCUUCUGGACCAGCCUGAACCACCUGAGUUCUUCAGAAAUCGUUCCACCUCAACGCCCCACGCAUUUCAGGGUCACAACUACAUGAAUGAUCCUUCACCAGUGAAUACUCUGGACACUUCCAGUACUCAGACUCAGAGGCCAGUAGAUGAGGAGACGGUGGUAAUGAGGAGAGGCCAGGCCAUGUCGGUCCCUGAGGGUCAGCGAGUCCGGGUGGUGGCCCAGCGGGGAAAGUCCAUGGAGGAGCUGGGUAUGUCCCAGGUCAGCCACUCUCUGGUCCUCAAUAAGAGCUCUGAGCAGCUGGACCAGCUCUGCAGUAGGCAGAUGGGCCCAGGACCAGGCCAGGAGAAGAGGAUCGUCUCAUUCUUUGGCGAGGGCCAGGAGAAAGCCCAGAGGCAGACCAAGAGGAAGUCCCUCUUCAAGCAGGAAUCUGCACCACAGCUGGGCAGUGAGGAAGACAAAGAGGAGAUGACUAAAAGCACCAGAGAGUCUAGUGAGUCUGUCUCCCCUGCAUGGAGAACCUCGUCUCGGGUCAGGACUCGCUCAGACGGCUCCCCCAGAUCAUAUGACUUUGGCCCCCUCGUUAAAGAUGAGAUCGAGACCACUGAGCUCUCCUGCGAUGUCCCACUCCCACCGUCCCAUAACGUUCAGGAGUCCAGUGAGAGAGCGGUCAAGUCUACCUCAACCUCUCCCUCCAUACCCACAAAUCCCAGGGGCACUAGAGAGAGCAAGACUGGCUCAAGCAGAGUGAAGACCGCCCGUCCUUUACACCACUCUGUGGUGAGAGAGCAGUCAGUGGACGAGCCCAGUGUGAGUCCCAAGUCCCCUCAGGAAGUCUCCCUGAGCUGUGGAGUCACCACAGACCCCACUCUGUGGAUCAUACCACCUGAACCAGGGAGCAAAGACGAGGGCGAGGACCCAGCACUUUCUGAUAAUCUGGCCGAGGGAGAAACUCCAAAUCUAGCCCCUGCUCCGGCAGCUUGUGAGCCCCUUACAAUUUCCUCCUCCUCCACCACACCAGACCCUGACACUGACACUUCCCAGAGUGGGGAGGGCGAGCAACCAGAGGAAAAAAAGGAAACCAAUGUGGUGGAGGGGGAGACCCCAGCAGGCGAGACAGAGAGCCCAGAAAAGACACCCACCACAGAGGAGUCAAAGUGGGAGGAGCUGGUGGAGGAGGUGGUCACAGCGGACCAAUCGCUGGCUCGGGUGCUGCACCCGUUGACCAAUCGUAAGACGGCGCUGAUGCUAAUGGAGCGUCUACUGUCGGAGGACACUCUGCUGAUGGAGGAGCACUAUAAGAAGAAGCAGGAGCAGAGAGACGCUGCAGACAGCUCUGAAGCGGUGGAUGACCCUGAAGCACGUCCCACAUCUCCUGACGAUGAUCAAAUCCAACCCCAACCAGAGCCACUGAGCAAGGCGGAUGUCACGGAGAAGAAGAGGCUGCUGGUGGUGUGUAUUGAGAAGCGCCUGCGGGCCCUGGAGGAGCCCUGUGGUGCCCUGCAGGUGGAGGUGCAUGAGAAUGGGGUGCGGGGCGAGGCCGUGGAGGCCCUGGUUCGGGAGCGGUGUACGCCCGUGGAGCUUGAGCGCUACGGCCUGUUCAUCGGAGACCUGGAACGCGUGGUCAGCCUGCUGCUGUGUCUGUCCUCUCGGCUGGCCCGCGUGCAGAACGCCCUGAGCACCGUGGACCAGCACACAGACGAAGAGGAGAAGGAUUCUCUGGACAACCGUCACCGUCUGCUGUGCAAGCAGUGGGAGGACGCCAAAGACCUGAAGGACAACCUGGACAGACGGGAGAGGAUGGUGUCUAACUUCCUGUCUCGCUGCCUGACGGCCGAGCAGCUGCAGGGCUACCAGCACUUCGUCCAGACCAAGGCCUCGCUCCUCAUCAGGAUGAAGGACCUGGACGAGAGGCAGCGUCUGGGGGAAGAGCAGCUGGAGUCCCUGCUCAACACCCUCCCUCCCUGGGGACCACCAUUAGGACCCCAUCCUAGUCUAUCAUCUCCCCCAGCUGUCCAUCAACUCUCUGGGCUUAUAGAGCCCUGAAUUGCCUCUGCUUCAUCCAUCCUGGGCUGUCACCAGCCAGCAAAAUGACAUGGAUGUCUGUAAAAAAUAAAAAAUAAAUAAAAAAAGGAGUCCCACAGACUUCAUCUGUCCAUAUGUAUGUAUGUAUGUAUGUAUGUAUGUAUGUAUGUAUGUAUGUAUGUAUGUAUGUAUGUAUGUAUGUAUGUAUGUAUGUAUAUUUGUGUGCCUUUAGAGGGGUGUAGAAGUUAGGACUACAGUGUGGAAUGUUCAGUAUAUCUAUUAUCACUAUAAUUGUAUGUAUGUCCUUUUCACCUCCGCCUGUGACUUUGAAAAACAUUAUAAGCUUUAAGAUUGUAUUCUGGCCUGGAAUUAGUCUUGUUGAUCAAUCAUACUGUACUGUAUGUGUCUGUCUGAAGCCUGGUGAGUGAGGAUAGCCUGAUAAGGUUGCUAAAAUACUGUAUAUCUCAGUCAAAGUAGGUGGUAGAUUUAAUCUCCUUAUGUUUUUUUUUACGCGUUUAAAAUGAAGGCACUAUAGAUGAAAACCAAAAAGGUGAAUGAAAAAAAGCACUUUGAUAUGUAACUGCACAUUUCUGUUUUCUUUUGAAAACACUAAAUUCAAAAGCUAAGCCUUACUCCAUCCAAUGUUGUUUUUUCAACUGGUUUAUAUAGGACGUUUAGGAAGUUGGUGGCACCUUAAUUGGGGAGAACAGGCUCGUGGUAAUGGUUGGAGUGGUUUCCAUGUGUUUGAUGCCAUUCCAUUCGCUCCAUUUCAGCCAUUAUUAUGAGCCGUCUUCCCCUCAGCAGCCUCCACUGGUGGUAUGUAUGACAUUCAACGAUGCCAAUUAUGUACAGUAUAGCCCACUGCAAUUUAGGCUACAGAUAUUAUGUCUUAUUGUUUCAUGCUGACAAAGAUCCACCAAAGAGGUGGACCUUUUUAAAAAGAUAUGAAGCAUUUCCAUUCCAGAUCAUUAAAAAAAAAAUAUCCUUUGUAUCUGACAAACUACGCUGACUUGAAAUUAUACAAGAAUGAAAUGACCAAGAACUUAACUCUCUUUCCUUUACCUCCUUCCACUAGACUGUUGAUUAGGCUCCCUCACAGUACUCUAGAAGUAGUGAAUCUGUUCUCGCUCUAGUAAUCGUUUUAAUGGAAUCCUUGUGGUGGCCUUCAAUGUCAACAUUCCCCAGGAAAAGCCUUCAUGAGGCAUGACUUAUGUGGAAAUGCACAACCACAAAUCUUCAUUUUCGACCUUUUGUUUUGCAUAAUAACGCAAAAAAAAAAAAUGAGUGCAUAAUAACGUUUGCUUCGUGUUCUUUUGUCCUUGUGUGAUGUUGAUUUCUGUUUUGCUAUGAUCAAGUGGAAAGCACCGCGUUGUUAUGAUCCUGUGCUAAAUGAUGAUCCAGCAGAGCUUACUUACAUCACCGCUUCCCUCUGAUUGAUACUGUAUGUGUUCAUUGUGAGGGGAUUAGGAUGAGAGAAACCUUUUCCUGUUUAAGCAACAGUACCCUGUGUUUGCUUUGUGUUCUUUGGUCCUUGUUUGUUUGCCCAGUCCUAUUCAUUCACAGAUGAAUAUUGUUAUUAUUGCUCUCAUACAUGUGCUCGUGUACUAUAUUACUAUAUAACGUUCACCCACGAGUGGAUCUUCUGUUUGAGGACUUCCUGAUGAUGGUUGCAGAACUGAAAGAAGAAGAAAGAAGGUCAAUGUACUGUUAAUCGGCGGAAUGGAUUUUUUUUUUUUUUGCGAAAUAACUGAGAGAACACAAACGAUACACAUUUCCACAAAAUUAAAUUAAAUCUAAUGUACACUGCUCAACUGUCUCACUCUACACAUUUCUCUGGAGAUUUACGGCGAUGUCCAUUUCAGUUUGCUAAACAAAUGUGUGUUUGUUUUGGCCUUUGUAUAGAGGACAGCCACAAAGGUGAAGUUGGGAUUCUGCCUCAGAGCCUCGUUGUUUAUAUGGCCUGAAGGAAUUCCUGAGACAUGCAAGAGAUCUGUCCCUGGAAACCGAGGCAGAGCGUCACCAACAUAAAGGACAUUCUUGCUUCCAACAGACCCAUGCUGUUUCCUGCUAUGUAUAUAAACAUAUAUUAUUGUUAGUAACUUAUCACUUAUUUUUACCCAUUUGUCAAAAAGUGUUAAUAAAUAUCCCACAACAGGACUGAUGUUUUGGGUUUUUGCAAUCCGUAAAGGGAUGCAUUUAAAAAGGAUAAUCACAACGAAUGACACGUUUUAUUGGUUUUCAAUCAAUCCCAGUCUUGGGAUGACAGUAUGGGCCUUUGUAUUUCCUCUGCCUGUCUUCAUUGUGUCUGACUCACUGUCACCUCCCUGUGUUGUGUUUUGUUUGCCUUGUGGAAAUUCUACUUAAUUUGUUGCUUGAAAUUGUCAUGACAUUUGUUAUAUUGUGAAUAAAUGAAACAUUCUCCUUCCACCAAACCGUUCGCUAUAUCUGAAUAAAAAUGGCCUAAGGUACAUCGAACUCA